AAAACUAACGAAGCUUCAAGGAAAUCAGGAACCCCUCUUACUUGUCUUUUAAUCCAACUCGAAUAAGUGCUUAGCGAAAAGUGCUUCUUUCUUCGUAGAUCUGUUCCCUCAUUCUCACUCAAAAUCUUGCAAACGGAGUUCUCUUUUCUCUAUAGAGAGAAAUCAAACUCCAAACUUUAGAAAAGAGCAUCACUUGCUCUAUAUAUAUGUUCGUUGCGUCCGAAUAUCGGAUCAUCUGCUAAUUUUUUUUUAUCAAGUUCAGUUUUUUUGCAGACGGUUCAUUCGAAGUUUUUUCUGUUAUUGGAAUUUAGCAUAUAGCAUUGAUGGGUAAAGGAGCCCAAAAUUACGGGAGGAAAGAAAGUACAGACAAAUCAUCCCUGGAUCGAAGUGAAUAUGCUGCUUGGGCAAAGGACGUUCAGGAAUGUGAACAAAACUACCAGGUAGAUAGCAAAUAUGGUCUAUCUGAUAGUGAAGUUGAGAAGCGUCUGCAGAAGUAUGGAACAAAUGAGUUGGAAAAGCAUGAAGGACAAUCUGUUUUCCGUUUAAUUUUGGAUCAAUUCAAUGAUACUUUAGUUAGGAUUCUACUUGCUGCAGCUGUGAUAUCCUUUGUCCUAGCCUGGUAUGAUGGAGAAGAAGGUGGUGAGAUGGAGAUCACAGCAUUUGUCGAGCCUCUGGUAAUCUUUCUCAUACUAAUCGUUAAUGCAAUUGUUGGUGUUUGGCAAGAAAGUAAUGCUGAAAAAGCUUUAGAGGCUCUUAAAGAAAUCCAAUCAGAACAAGCAACCGUGAUUCGUAAUGGUAGAAAAAUCUCAAGCCUUCCUGCAAAGGAACUUGUUCCUGGUGAUAUCGUGGAGCUUCGUGUAGGAGAUAAAAUCCCUGCUGAUAUGAGGGUCAUAAAUCUAGUCAGUUCAACCCUCAGAGUUGAACAAGGCUCUUUAACUGGAGAGAGUGAAGCUGUAAGUAAAACCACAAAACCUGUCCCUGAAGAAACCGAUAUCCAAGGGAAGAAAUGCAUGGUGUUUGCUGGAACAACAGUUGUAAAUGGAAACUGUUUCUGUAUGGUUACAGACACAGGGAUGAACACCGAGAUAGGAAAAGUCCAUUUUCAGAUCCAUGAAGCUGCACAAAACGAAGAAGACACACCAUUAAAGAAGAAACUAAACGAAUUUGGAGAAGUUUUGACAAUGCUAAUCGGUUUAAUUUGUCUUCUAGUGUGGCUCAUUAACGUGAAGUACUUCCUCUCAUGGGAAUAUGUCAAUGGCUGGCCAACAAACUUCAAAUUCUCAUUCGAGAAGUGCACUUACUACUUUGAAAUUGCAGUAGCUUUAGCAGUUGCUGCAAUCCCAGAAGGUUUGCCAGCUGUCAUCACUACCUGUUUAGCUCUGGGCACACGUAAAAUGGCUCAAAAGAAUGCCCUUGUUAGGAAAUUACCUAGUGUUGAGACUCUCGGGUGUACAACAGUGAUUUGUUCAGACAAAACUGGCACUCUAACCACUAACCAAAUGGCUGUAGCCAAACUUGUUGCUAUGGGUAAUGCACCAAAUAGUGUCCGAUCAUUCAAGGUUGAAGGCACCACUUACAAUCCAUUAGAUGGGAAAAUUCAAGACUGGCCAGCUGGCAGAAUGGAUGCUAAUCUUCAUACAAUUGCAAAGAUUGCUGCUUUGGCUAAUGAUGCAGGCAUUGAAAAAUCUGAGAAAGGUUACGUUGCUACUGGAAUGCCAACUGAAGCAGCACUAAAGGUUCUUGUUGAGAAAAUGGGUCCUCCUUCUGGAUUGAGUUCUGAUUCAUCUACAGAUCACGAUGACCUUAUGGUUUGUUCUCAGGAAUGGCGUAAAGUUGAACACAGAAUUGCCACUCUUGAGUUUGAUCGUGAUAGGAAAUCUAUGGGGGUUAUUGUGACUUCAAAGUCUGGAAAAAACACACUUCUUGUAAAGGGUGCAGUUGAAAACUUGUUGGAAAGGAGUUCCUACAUCCAAUUACUAGAUGGUUCUGUUGUGGAACUUGACAACAAGGCAAAAAAAGCUAUCUUAGAUAGCCUUAAUGAGCUUUCCUCUUCUGCUUUACGUGUUUUGGGUUUUGCAUACAAAGAAGAUCCUCCAGAGUUCACUACAUAUAAUGGUGAUGAAGAUCAUCCUGCUCAUAACCUUUUACUUGAUCCAGCAAAUUACUCUUCAAUCGAAAGCAACUUGAUCUUUGUUGGCUUAGCUGGACUCAGGGAUCCUCCACGUAAGGAAGUUAAACAAGCCAUUGAAGACUGCAGAGCAGCUGGGAUUCAAGUGAUUGUGAUAACAGGAGACAACAAGAACACAGCUGAAGCAAUAUGUCGUGAGAUUGGCGUAUUUGGUCAACACGAAGACAUCAGUUCAAAAAGCUUAACAGGAAGAGAAUUCAUGGAUCACAAGGAUCAAAAAGGACACCUGUCAUACAAAGGAGGACUUUUGUUUUCUAGAGCUGAACCACGACACAAGCAGGAGAUAGUCAGGCUGCUCAAAGAUGCUGGUGAAGUUGUUGCCAUGACUGGUGAUGGAGUCAAUGAUGCUCCUGCUUUAAAAUUAGCUGAUAUCGGAAUCGCUAUGGGCAUUUCUGGCACUGAGGUUGCAAAGGAAGCUUCCGACAUGGUUUUAGCAGAUGAUAAUUUUAGCACAAUCGUGGCUGCUGUUGGAGAAGGCAGGUCUAUUUACAACAAUAUGAAGGCGUUUAUCCGCUAUAUGAUCUCCUCAAACAUUGGAGAAGUUGCCUCAAUAUUCCUAACAGCCGCCAUCGGCAUUCCGGAAGGUCUGAUUCCUGUUCAACUUCUAUGGGUCAACCUAGUAACAGACGGGCCCCCCGCAACCGCUUUAGGUUUUAAUCCACCCGAUAAAUACAUCAUGAAAAAACCCCCUCGCAGGAGUGACGAUUCAUUAAUCAACACCUGGAUUUUAUUUCGCUAUCUGGUUAUUGGACUUUACGUGGGAGUAGCGACGGUGGGCGUUUUCGUAAUUUGGUUCACCCACGACUCAUUUCUCGGGAUUGACCUAAGUCAAGAUGGACACACCCUAGUGACAUACUCCCAGCUCACACACUGGGACCAAUGCAAAACAUGGCAAAAUUUCACAGUCGCCCCUUUCAAAGCGGGUGACCGAAUCUUCAAUUUCGAUUCCAACCCUUGCGACUACUUCCAAGGAGGAAAAGUCAAAGCCAUGACGCUUUCCUUAUCCGUAUUGGUGGCUAUCGAAAUGUUUAAUUCCCUAAACGCCCUUUCGGAAGACGAAAGCCUGUUGACCAUGCCACCAUGGGUCAACCCGUGGUUGCUGUUAGCAAUGUCGGUGUCCUUUGGGCUUCAUUUCUUGAUUCUAUACGUUCCUUUUCUCGCACAAGUGUUUGGGAUUGUGCCUUUGAGCUUGAACGAGUGGAUGUUGGUUUUGGCUGUUGCUUUGCCUGUGAUAUUGAUUGAUGAGGUUCUUAAGUUUGUGGGUAGGUUGACACAUGGGACGGAAGCUACUACACCAAGGCGUUUGAAGCGGAAAACAGAGUAAUAAGUUUGUGUGUGUUUUUCCGAAAAUACCCUUCAAUUUGUUGACUGAUAUUAUAUGACUUGGACCAUGGAGAAAUUUCUAGCGAUAGUUUUGGUAGGGAGUUAGUACGAUAUUUUUCUUCUUUGGUUUUAUUAUGUUUCCGGACAUUUGGCAAAUCUAAUAUUCGUUGGUGUCUUUUCUUCUUUGGUCA